CUAUCUUUUGGUCAAAAUUGUUAAAUAUUAAAUUAAAUUUUAAUGUAAACUAAUGAAAUAUUUUAGUAUUAUUUUAAUUUUAAUAAUUUAAAUGUUACAUUUUUUAAAACCAUUUAAACUUCUUUUGGGUUUUUAGAUACUAAUUAUUUUAUUAUUUUUUCUAAGCAACUUAACCAUCAUUUGUUAAUUUUCUUUUUCUUUUACAUUUAUAUUUAAUACAUAUAUAAACAUGGAAUUCAGAACACAAGUUAAAAAUGAAAGUGAUAUUGAAAUUUGGGAAAAGUCUGAAGCAUAUGAUGAUUAUAUUGGUUUUAUAAUUGCUAUGAAUAAAUCUAUUUACGCCAUACCAUUAAAUAAACCUUUAGUUUUAUCUGACCAAGUUAAACAGGUCUUAAGUAUAUUAAAUAUUAUCAAUGAUUGGAUAUCUGAAGUUGAACCAUUAAAAGAGAGCUGUAGAUUUGGCAAUAAGGCUUUUGCAAAAUUUUACAACCUUUUAAAAAUUAAAAUUCCUGAUAUACUAUCAAAAGAAUUUUCUUCAGUUGAAAAUCAAAUUUUAACAGAACUUGCAACAUAUUUAAUUGAAAGUUUUGGAAAUUCUACGCGUAUUGAUUAUGGUACUGGUCACGAGUUAUCAUUUUGUAUGUUUCUUUGUGGUUUAUUUAAAGUAAAUAUAUUGAAAAAAGAAGAUAGUAAAGCAACAGUAAAUAUAAUAUUUGCAAGGUAUAUAGAAAUAAUUCGAAGACUUCAAAUUAGAUAUCAAAUGGAACCUGCUGGAAGCCAUGGUGCUUGGAGUCUCGAUGACUAUCAAUUUGUGCCCUUUAUUUGGGGAAGUGCACAAUUAAUAGAAAAUCCUGAUCUUACUCCAAAUUUAUUUGUUGAUGAUAAAUAUGUACAGCAGUUCAAGUCAAAAUAUAUGUUUCUUGGAUGUAUUGAUUUCAUAAUGCAAGUAAAAAAAGGAUUAUUCCAUGAACACUCUAAUCAGUUAUGGAAUAUAAGUGGUGUUCAGAGUUGGAAUAAAAUUAAUGAUGGUUUAAUUAAAAUGUAUAAAAAAGAGGUAUUAGGAAAAUUUCCAAUCAUCCAACAUGUACCUUUUGGAAAUCUAUUUAAAUACAAAUCAUGUACUAAACAACAAACACCAUUAUUAGCAUCAUUUAAAAUUCCAACAUAAUAAUUAUUAAAAAAUUAAUAAAGAAAUACGGACAGAACUAUAAACUAAUAAAAAAUUAACUUAAGUUGAUUUAUUUUUAAGUAAAAUAUUUUAUUAAAGCAUUCAAUUAUACUUUUUUAUAAGUUGAUUUUUAUGAUUAAUAAAUAUUGGCUUUAUAUUUAAUACCUGUUGUACAUGUAAAUUAUAAUUUCUAAUACUUGGCUUAUGUAUACAUGAAUAUUUAAAUAACUGAGAUUUAAUUAUUCAAUAAUGUCUCAAUUCAAGGUUACAUAUUCUAUAAUUUUAUUUGUAGUUACUAAUUUAUUUGUAUGAAAACAUUUAUGUUCUACAAAUACAUAACUAAUUGUAUACUAUAAUUUGUAUUAAUAAAUAAUUUUAUAUUAAAAAUAUUAUUGAAAUAGACUUUAUAUUAAUAUUAUUAAAUUAAUUAGUGAAUAUAUCAUGCAUUCCUUGUAUUAGUUGAAUUAUUACAUAAUUUAAAGUAUUAGCAUAACUUCUUUACUAUUUGCAAAUUCAUGUAAAUUAUUAUGAAUUAUAAUAUAAAAAACUAAGCAAUGCAAGAUAAAUUUAAAUGUAAUAUUAAAUUUUGUAGUGAAAUAUAUUUAUAAGUACUUUUUGUAGUUAUCGUCUAUUGACGAAAAUGGUGAUACAGUUAAAAACUACUUUACCAAAAUAAAUAAAAAUAUUUUGAGUUGUAUCAUAAAUUUUUUUUUUUAUAUAAAUAUUUGCUAGUUCUUAAAUUUAAGUAGUUAUCAAAUAAUAUAGAAGUCUAUUUUAUUUGUUA